AUGGAUAAAGAUAAAACUCAUUAUUAAUAGCAAAUGGAAGAUAAAUUUUUUGAUCCAUUUGGUUGUUUAACAAUAACUGAACUAAAUAACAAACUUAAUUAAGGGAACGCUUUUAUAAUGAAAGAUAGAUAAAGUAUUGAUUUAGAAGGGGAAAAUAAAAAUAUGCAGGAAUUUUAUUAUGAUCAUGUAAUUUCAAAAACCAAAGAUGAUCCAUCAAUCUUCGACCCAAAGAAGUUUAAGAUAGAUACAAUAGAAAGUGUUUUUAGUGAAAAAAAUGUAGUUUAGUUAUAAAAGUUAUUAGAAAGUGGAGAAGAAGAUAAUUUAUUAUAUUAUACUAAGGUGAAUAAGUCAAUAGAAGUACGUGCAGAUGAAACUUUACUUAAUAAUUAUCUCUAUUUGUAUAAAAUUAGAAGUUUAUUAUGUCAGCCCUGCAGUCUUUAGUAGUGCUCAACUAAAAUGAAAUCUGAAGUUCAUAAAUUUGGUGCUUUUGAAGUAUUUGAAAUGAAGGAUAGUAAAAACAAAAUUGAUCAGAUAUUUUUCUUUGAUUUCCACGUAUAAAAAAUAUAUUUCAUAUAAAUGAACUAAACUGUGGUGAAGCACUUUAAAGAUAUAAAGGGAGUUAAUUCUUUUUUUAACGAUGAUGAAAUUAAUUUAAUUAUUUAAUCAGAUGUUAAAAGCACAUAACAUGAUAAUAAAAAAUAUAAGUUAAAAUAUAAAUUUUAAAGAGAUUUGCUUGUGAACUAUUUUAAGCUAGUUAUUGAGAAUACAAAAUUAGAAAGCAAUUUUUUAUAGAUAAAAGAAUCAUUAUUAAAUUUAAUACAAGAGGAUAUAAUUGUGCCUCCAAAAGCAAUUUUAUCCUACCAACUAAAGAUUAAAGUAAAAGGAGAAUAUCAUAAUGUAGACUUCACAAUUGGUAUAAAUAAUAUUGUAGUCCAUGAAUGGCUUAAAGGAGGUGACUAAUAAAAAACAAUAAAUUUUAAAAUUCAUUUUUUGAUUCCUUUCAAUCACCCAUACUUUUAUAUAGACAGCAACUGUGAACCAAAUUAAUUAAUAUGCAAACACGGGAGUGAAACUAUUUCUUUUUCAUUUAAUAGUGAACUAGAAGCUUAAAACGUAAAAGAAACACUUCAAGCUGUUUAUCUUAAAAAAAUAUAGAAUGACUAAAUUUACAUUCACAUCCCAUACAUAAAAAAGUUCAAUAAAGAGAAGGUUUCAAACUUGUAAAGCUACUUGAAAGACAAGAGUAAAUAAAUAACAGAAAAAAUUGAACAUCACAAGUAUGUUCUCUCUCUUCUUCUUAAAGCUAGAUAUCUUUUAGACAAAUAAGGAGAAAAAUUGGAUUAUGAAUUCGAAGAGGAUAAAGCUUUCUACAACACUCCUGAAACUAAAAAAUCUUACCAAAACUAUGAAGACGAUGAUGAAGAUAUCUAUGAGCCAGAGUAGUGA